CUUCCACUUUUAAUUUCCAAUUCUGGGAAUUUAGACGCCUCGAUAGAGCAGUUGCUGAAUGUGGAGAAGCAGAUGAGGCUCGCCGGUGACGUCGCCGGUACCAGAAAGGCCGUCACCGACAUUUUGCAGCUCUGCUUUGAAGCUCGAGCAUGGAAAACCCUCAGCGACCAGAUUGUCGUUCUAUCCAAACGACGCGGCCAGCUUAAGCAGGCUGUAACAGCUAUGGUCCAGCAGGCUAUGCAAUUUAUUGACAAGACACCUGACAUUGAAACUCGUAUAGAGCUCAUCAAAACAUUGAACAGUGUAUCUGCAGGGAAGAUAUACGUUGAGAUUGAGAGAGCUCGAUUGAUCAAGAAACUUGCAAAGAUUAAGGAAGAACAAGGCCUUAUAGCUGAAGCUGCUGAUUUGAUGCAAGAAAUUGCGGUUGAAACUUUUGGUGCGAUGGCCAAAACUGAGAAAAUUGCAUUUAUUCUCGAGCAAGUACGAUUGUGCCUAGACCGGCAGGAUUAUGUUCGUGCUCAAAUUCUCUCAAGAAAGAUUAGUCCAAGAGUAUUUGAUGUUGAUCCAUCUAAAGAAAAGAAGAAGCCUAAAGAAGGUGAUAAUGUUGUUGAAGAGGCUCCUGCAGAUAUACCAUCUCUGUUGGAGUUAAAGCGAAUCUAUUAUGAAUUGAUGAUUCGGUAUUAUUCCCAUAACAAUGACUAUCUUGAAAUUUGCCGUUGCUAUAAGGCUAUAUAUGAGAUACCAUCUGUCAAAGAAAACCCAGCUGACUGGACUCCUAUCUUGAGAAAAAUAUGUUGGUACUUGGUUUUGGCACCACAUGAUCCCAUGCAGUCAAGCCUUCUCAAUUCCACCUUGGAAGACAAGAAUCUAUCUGAAAUUCCAAGCUUUAAGCACCUAUUGAAACAGCUGGUCACCAUGGAGGUUAUCCAAUGGAACACUUUAUGGGAGACAUAUAAGAAUGACUUUGAGAAUGAAAAUAUCUCUGGGUCAUCUUUGGGUGAAAAAGCAGCAGAGGACCUGAAGCAAAGGAUAAUUGAACACAAUAUUCUUGUUGUAUCAAAAUACUACGCAAGAAUUACUUUGAAGAGACUUGCUGAGCUUCUGUGCCUCAGUGUACAGGAAGCUGAGAAGCAUCUCUCGGAUAUGGUUGUGUCAAAAGCACUGAUCGCUAAGAUUGAUAGACCAAUGGGAAUAGUUUGUUUCCAAACAGAAAAAGAUAGCAAUGAUAUUCUUAACUCAUGGGCAGCAAACUUGGAGAAACUGCUUGAUCUUGUGGAGAAGAGCUGUCAUCAAAUACACAAGGAAACCAUGGUGCACAAAGCUGCUUUGAAGGUUUAACAGAGUCAUGUUCCAUAUCACAAUUAUAGUCACUGGACAACUCCUAUGUGAUUUUGGACUGGAGUUUACCUUUCGUUUGAAUUGUCACCGAAUGGGUUGGUCAGGAACUGCAGUAAACAAGGAUCCCUUUUUUCACUUUGCAUUUUCUCAUUCAUGCGUUCAGGGGAGAGCCGGAUAUAUGCAUCUUAGUAUUGAAAGUAGCUUUGUUGUAUACUACUCGAACAAUAGUACCUUACCGCUGACGUUUGACAGGAUUCUAAAUGGCCUUUGUUAUGGCAGUGGUAAGAAAUUGAGAAAUUGAGUGCUUGUUCAUUUAUAUUCUUUUGACCUGAUAAUGUUCUAUUGUACUUUCCGGUCGCAA